CAGUAUGAAACCGCUAUGUGGGUGCAUUUCAUGAAGCCAGUCAGUUGGCGUGUCUAUUUAUAGGAAUAGACUGGAAUAGAACUCGCAAGAGUUACAACAGGGCAACACACGAUCUGGGCAUGGACAUGGUGGACCGGUUACCUGGCCACUCUGCACAAAAUAAUCAGACACUCAGACAAAACAAACACUGGAGUCUACGCUAAACCCUGGCCUAGGAGAUCAGAAUGCCUACGAGCCAAACUAGAUCUAGGGCGAGAGAGCGGAACAACGUGCUGAACAGAGCGGAGUUCAUGUCUCUCCAGCAGCCGCUGAGGAGCAGCAGUAAUGCCGAAGCUCGUGCGCGGAGGCCGUCGCACAAACCGCCGCAGUUCGCACACGCGAGCGGCGGAAGCAGCGCGCAGCAAGAGCCGGGAGACAGCAGCAAGGACAGAAAAGAGCUCCCGGAGGAGGACUGCAUGCAGCUCAACCCGUCCUUCAAGGGCAUCGCGAUGAACUCUCUGCUGGCCAUAGAUAUCUGCAUGUCAAAGCGACUCGGCGUGUGCGCGCACGCGACAUCGUCAUGGGGCAGCGCGCGCGCCAUGGUCAAACUGCUCGCGCUCACCGGCCACGGCAUCCCGUGGAUCAUCGGCACGCUGGUGUGUCUCACCAGGAGCAACACACUAGCUGGCCAGGAGGUUUUAAUCAAUUUGCUGCUUGCUCUCUUAUUGGAUGUGAUGACGGUGGCAGGAAUGCAGAAGUUGGUGAAACGCAAAGGACCCUGGGAGAUGCCCCCCAGUUUCUUUGACUACCUGGCCAUGGACACCUACUCCUUCCCAGCAGCCCAUGCGAGCCGGGCAGUCAUGGUGUCUAAGUUCUUGUUAGCACACUUGGUUCUUGCAGUUCCUUUGCGCAUUUUGCUUGUUCUGUGGGCUGUGCUGGUGGGUAUGUCACGUGUACUGCUGGGUCGCCACCACCUCACAGACGUAGGAUGUGGCUUUGCUUUAGGAUUUCUCCAUUACAGUCUAGUGGAGAUGGUGUGGUUGUCUUCCAGCACGUGUCAGGCUUUAAUCUCUAUUGGGACACUUAACUGGAGCCCCCUGUAUUGAUCAAUGUGUGAUUACCUGCAGCCUUUUAAUCAGGCUAAAAUCUGUUGGCCCAGUGCCUGUACUGCAGAGUUAUAGCGAUAUUGCAUUUGUGCAUUUGUGCAUAUUUGGAGAGAAUCUAAAGUAGUUUUGAAACUACUUUAAACAUUUUAUACUCUGGAGGCAUUAGGGAUGCACACAGGCUGGAAAUUUGAUGUAAACAUAGCAAGCUCCAUGCAAUGAAUUCUACUGUUUUGCAUGGUUAUAAGGCAAAAACAUCUACUUGCAAUCAAUAUGAUGAUUUGCUUUGCUUUUUUGUUUUGUGUUAUUGCUGUUCUGAGUGAGAGAAUGUUUGCUCAGGGAUUUUUGCAACAGCAAUAUACAGUGUCAUAUAAAAUCUGUUUUAUCUGGAAUUGGAUAUCAUUUUAGAACAAAACUUCAAAUAUUGGCAGUAAAAGGAAAAAAGCUUGCUUUUGGAAAAAAAAGUCUACACAUGUAAUGCACAUUACUGGAGCUGUUGAACAUACCUGUAAGACGUAUGAUUUACUAUAAGGAUUUGACAGAAGCAUUAUACUGUGUGUUUAUAUAAAGAGAGAGAGAGAGAGAGAGAGAGAGAGAGAGACCUUUAUAUUGUUUACUUAUGAUCCUAAAGUAUGCAAGAAUGUUUGAUAAAUCCAGAAGAGUAUUUUAUGGUGAAAACAUAAUGCAUUGUUUCAGUAUAAAUAAUUAUACAACCACUGUCUUUUUUGAAUAAAGUUUGGGAUGCAACCAUC